CCGCGAUAUAGACGAUAGAAGCCCAUACCCAACAACUACCACAUUAACGCCGGUCGCCGGAGAAUAAAUCUCCCCCCAGUUCCCUCAUCCCCUCGUUUUCAUCUCCUAAAAUCCUCCUUUCUUAUCCCUCCGUUUCAGUUCAAGGUUUAAGCUUUAAAAGGUUUGUUCGAAAGUCUACCGCGGGUCGAUUGUUUGAGAUCCGGUAAUGGCUGAAGAUUUUGAUUUCGGUGAUAAGGUCCCUCCAUCGUUCGAUCACAUGGGAAAUGCAAUGAAGGAUGCAGAAGCAAAAGGAUUCAACCCAGGUCUAAUAGUCCUGCUUCUUGUUGUGGGCAUAUUAUUGGUCUUCCUUGUUGGAAAUUAUGUCCUUUACAUAUAUGCUCAGAAGACAGUUCCACCGAGGAAAAAGAAGCCCGUCUCCAAGAAGAAAAUGAAGAGGGAGAGGCUGAAGCAAGGCGUCUCAGCACCAGGAGAGUAGAGGGAACUGAGAGUGGACUGAACUUUAGGCCUUGAUAUGUUUCAGUUAUCUAUGUUGACUGCUACAUUAAGAUUUUCCCUUUCUUGAUGUCAGUUACUAAUAUUAAGACUACAUUUAAGUUA